AUGCGCCCUCUCGUUCGCCCCGCGCGCCCGUCCACUGUUCUCGACCAAUCGGCGGCCAUCUUCUGCUCCCCCGAGAGCAGAGCGACAGUGCGUACUCUCAUCACGAUCACAAGGAGACGACAUCUCGCCGCGCGAGUGAGAAAUUGGGAAGCUCGGAAAUUGGACUUUCAUUUCUGUCAAGCGACGGCUGAUAUCGCAAAUUUAUCCACGAUUGGGCGUUGUCGUGACUGGGCUAUGCAGGGGGCGGCGAACGCGCCUGCGCCUUCCGCGGCCGAGCCUCCAGCCUCCCAACAAAUCAAAACAGAAGUCAUCAGUGAAGCUAAAAUUGAUGCAGACGACAUGAAGAUCGAAACGCGGGCAAAUAGAACGACGAGCAUAGACAGCGACAACCGCUCAGACAGGAGCGAUGAGGAAGAUUGUAGGAGGGCCCGCAAAAGGGCAGCCUCUACAUCGCCAUCCCCGACACCCCUGGACAAAAGAACUGCGCGCUUCGAGUGCCCAAAGUGCCUCCAACGCUUUGAUUCUCUACACGCGUUUGAUAUUCACCGCUUUACAGCUCACGGUGAUGAGCCCAAAACUAAAUAUGAGAACUAUGCUUUCUCUGAUUUUCCUAACAAAAAAUUCUCCGAUAUAACUAGACAACAAAUGCCCGCCAACGAUCAGCUAUAUAGAUGUGAGUUUUGCUCAAGGGAUUUCCCUUGCUUGCAAGUUUUAGAUAUUCACCGGAAGUCGUGUUUGUCAACUAGGAUUCCCAGCCCAGAGAGAGAUCGCAGAGAGGACUUUUUCUCUAAGUUGGAUUUGAGGAAUAGAUCCUUCGGUAUUCCGGGGACAUUAACGCCGCCUAUGGAGAGAUUUCCUCCAAAAUUUGAUGACGCACAUUUAGGUAAUGGAAUACGUCAUAUUGACGCUGCUAGAGAUUUGGCAGAUAUACAGUCAAUUUUAAACGUUACAUCAGCUGGCAGCCUGUUGGAACGAUUAACAGGUACUAGAGUUGCUUUAGAGAGCGCGGUUCUAACCCCACCUGAUACUAUAGCUAAAGAUCGCGAGCCGGAAGAGACUCAAGACAACUUCGCUGCUGAAUUUAGGCGCAUGAAACUUCGUGGGGAAUUCCCAUGUAGGCUGUGUCCCGCUAAAUUUCCAAAUCUCAGGGCUCUGAAAGGUCAUAACAGAGUUCAUCUUAGUGGAACUGGGCCUGGUCCAUACCAGUGCAAUAUGUGCCCGCAUGCAUCACUUGAUAAGGCAGCAUUAGUCCGCCAUAUGCGUACGCAUAAUGGCGACAGACCCUACGAAUGUGCCGUAUGCAAUUACGCCUUUACAACUAAAGCAAACUGCGAAAGACACCUAAGAAACCGUCAUGCUAAAGUAACACGAGAAGACGUUAAGCGAUCCAUCAUAUAUCAUCCCUCUGAGGAUCCCAAUAAUGAUGAAGUUAAUUCAAAGCUUGCAAGGGAGGAAGUGAAAAGAUCGCUUGCGUUUCAUACUCCAGAUCUUGAAAGGCGAACUGAAUCCACCGGCCGCGAUACACCUUUAACUCAUUAUUCUCCCACAUUUAUAGCUGACAGACAUCCUGUAACUUCUUUAGUCAAAUCUUUACCUGAAACGCCAACAUUAGCUCCAAGAGAAUGUGAACAAACACUGCCAAGAAUUAAAGUGAAAGGUAUCGGGCAACUGACACAAAUACCUGAGUUCAGAACACCUGAUAUUACUUUUAAGGCGAACGACAUUCAACAGGAAAAUUACAACGAAGAAGCUCCAGUGGACCUUAGUACUAGUGACAACAAUAGUUGCGAUGUUCUUGAUCUAAGCAAGAAGAAACGGGAUGUUGAAGAUGAAGAGCCCAAAGUUCAACCUCGACCGGCAUUCGAUACAACAGCAGCGGCUACAGCGGCGGCAUUUGAGAAAACAAGAUUUCUCCUUGCACAACAACGACUCUUUGAAACGUCGUUACCAAAAAUUGAUCCCGCUUAUUACGCUACUCAACUCUCUCAGCUGUACGCUGGUGCAGUACCUGCUCUACCUGGUUUACCACUUCCACCGUCUUUUCCUCUCAACCCUUACUUUCUUCAAUCUUCCUUUUUUCCUAACCCAACCGACUCACAAGAACUGGCCGAAAUAAAGCAACGCAUUCAAAAAGAAAUAAUUCGCGGUUUGAGUAUGUCCGGUGGAAGAUUAGUUUCACCCGAACAAGACGUUCAACCCAAACAAGAACCAGAGGAUGAAGAAGUAAAACCUUUACAAGUUACCACAACGCCAACACCACCGCCGCGCUCGGAAUCUCCACUAAUCCCCAACAACAUUGCACAACAAAACGAUCCAGUGAAGAUGGUUAUAAAAAAUGGCAUUCUUAUGCCGAAACAAAAACAACGAAGAUAUCGUACUGAACGGCCAUUUUCAUGUUCGCAGUGCUCUGCUCGUUUUACACUGCGAUCAAAUAUGGAACGUCACGUAAAACAGCAACAUCCCCAACACUGGAGUGUUAGAAGGCCGACACCAAGAGCGCCACCGCCAUAUCCUGGUUCAGAAAACCUAGCUGAUCGAGUAAAAUAUGCUCUACUAGCCAGACAUCUUGAGAGACCGUCCCAACUAGACCGUUCUCCCGUAAGAAGAGACUCCGAUGAAGUCGCCGAUAACGAAGAAGAUGAAGAUGAUGCUUUAGUUAUCGAUGAAGAGCUUGAUGAAAAAUCGGACGAACAUUCCGCCGCGCACCGUGCUGCUGCUGAAAUCUUAAUGGCUACACGACAACAGGAACUUAAUAAAGACUUCGAUCUGAAAAUCGCAGGAAACCUUAUCAAUAAACCGCUACCGAUACCAUCAGAAAAGAUGGAGACCGGCGAUACUGUACCCCAAGAUGUGCCCAUAGUUCCAACUCGAUCUGAUGAAGAAGAAGAUGAAGAGGGCCUUGUCGCUUCUACAAGUGAGGGAAAUAAUUCCGGAAGCGACGAAAAUAAAUCGGAGUCUGACAUGAACCAACCACCAAAAAAGAAAUCGGCGUACAGUCUCGCGCCCAACCGCGUAUCCUGUCCCUACUGCCACCGUAAAUUCCCAUGGUCCUCCUCCCUUCGUCGCCAUGUACUAACGCACACGGGUCAGAAACCCUUUAAAUGCCCGCAUUGUCCCCUUCUGUUCACCACCAAAUCCAACUGCGACCGUCAUUUACUAAGGAAGCACGGCGGUUCCGCCAAAGCCAUCUUGGCCGAGCCUAUAUCUGAUGCCAUUCCUACUCCUAACGAUACACGAUCUGUACCCGAAAGGCCUUUUAAGUGUGCCACUUGCCCGACUAGUACGUUCUCGUCAAUGGAGACUUUGAAGAAACAUAUGGUAGCGCGGCAUGGCAGUGGAGAAUGCCCUUCGCCCGUACACGACGAAGAACCAGAGAGCGGGCUCGUUUUCAAAUGCCAUCUUUGCGAGGCCUCAUUCGGAGAUCGGAGUGGGGCUUUGGGUCAUCUCUCGACCAGUCAUACCACAGAGUACGAGCAAUUGGUGUCCAAAGGAGCUCUGGACGCAGCCAGUGAUCGAAGCGAAAGCGCCGAUGACGAUGAUAGAGGAAAAUUUCCGGACCACGCGAACAGAAAAGUGGUGUGCGCUUUUUGCGUACGUCGUUUCUGGUCAGCGGAAGACCUCCGCAGACAUAUGCGCACACACUCGGGCGAACGACCCUUCGCUUGCGAUCUGUGCAGGCGACGCUUUACCCUAAAACAUAGCAUGCUACGACACCGCAAAAAGCAUCGCGAGGAAGCCACCGAUGAUGAAGAGACCACGCCGCCGAACAUGCCGCUAGACGUAACUAAUGGCUACCGUUACCAGGACGACGACGGCUCCGGCAACGAGAUCCCAAACAACAUAAACAACAACAACUCACCCCCUUCCCGCCCCUUCGAGAAAACAUUACAGCUGGAUAUGACGUCACGCAAAUAUUCGUCCGAAGAAAACGAAGGUGAAAACGGCAGCGACCUUAUUGGAAAACUUUUGGGGAUCCCAGACAAGACCAUCAUUAAUAAGCUUCUUUCCUCGGCCGACGAAGCUGCUAAAUUUCUUGGGGUCAACAAAUGA